AUGACCUCCUACCAAACCAAUGAGCUAUUUCGAACCCUCACCAACGCCCUCGCGGAAGUAGCCGCUAUUCCCGAUCUACACGCAGAGAAGAAGUGGAUCCUGACCAUUGCCGCCUUUGCAGCCAAACUCAUCCAAGAUCGGGACAAUUUUGGAGAACCGCGGAAAACCGAACCAACCUCACCUCGUUUGCUGGAACCAGUCAAAGCGUCGCCGGCGGAGCUUGAGGGUCAUUUUCAGCAAUACAACUAUCACGGGAACAAGGUCGGUUGGAACAACCGCGUUGACGAUGAAGCACGGGACAUCCGCCGCCGGUUUCGUGGUCGAGCUCCGCUGCGGCUCCAAGAAGAUACGCUAAUCACCCUUCCCGGGAAGAAUUAUGAUUACUUCCAAUGGCCGUAUCAACUUCCGAUAACCUGGGCGGGCGUGAGGAAGGGGGAUCAGCUACUCAAACUCGACCAGUGGAGGACCAACCUUGCAAAGCAUCUCCCAUCGGCACAUCGACUGGACAGCGUCUCCCCAUGCAGACUUGAGGAGUUUGACGCAUCUCGUUUUGGCACAGAGACGUUCCAGACUUUCGAACCGCAGACUCCUUGCCCGAACAUGCCUCCACACGACAAAGGCAGCAAGUCCUCCUGGACGAUUCCAUCACGUCCUCUGUUGUCCCACAUCUGGGCCGGCUCCAUCUUUCCUGCCCACUGCUACCACAUGAGAUCUGCCGAUGUCAGCGCCCUUCGACUGUUGUUGGAGAUCCUUGGCGGUGUACUUCGGCAGCUUGCCCUUAACAGUCCUCAAUUCAAGAUCCCAACCCCUGCAGUUGCCGAGGAGUCUGACAUGGCGGCAUUGGUCGUAUCGUGCGCCUACGUCGUGAGUGAAUGGAAGGAUCAAGCACUCAGCGCCCCUCCAAGCGGUGCCAGCUACCUGAGCAGUGGCCUAAUCACCUCAGCCUUGAGGAGAUGGUAUCAGUGCUGGACAUCAAGCCCAAGCAGUAGUGAUGGACUUUCAAGCCCCGCAGAGUUGCCCCUUUGUCACGUGUUUGACCAUCUGGAAGAAGGCAUUUGCCACCACCGUGCUCGCCUGGAGAAGCAGAAGCAAGAAGAGAGGGAGGCAGCUGCCAGAGCCCUGCAUUGGAACUUGGCAAACAACGCAGUGGUUGCCUCAAGGAACGUGAGCCGCAGUGCCACCCAAGAAACGCCACCGCACGAGGCUAAAGCGGCGGCUUACUUGGCCCUCUUCGGAAACGACAUCUUCGGCGUCGACUCCUCCAGUUUGCCCAAAAUCGCCCAGAUCAUCAGCACUGCACUCAUUGCCAAGUUACCCUCUGAGGAUAAAGAGCUGGCCAUCGUGGGUGCUUUGGAGAUGAUCCACCGCACAGGCAUGUACGCGGAGAGAGUGAGAGCUAUGCCAGCGAUCACUGCCGCCAUCCGCCCUUGGGAUUGGCGCUCUGCGUAUUUAGUGUAG